AUGCUGACACCACCAAAUGCUGGCAAGGAUGUGGAGCAGCAGAAACUCUCGUUCAUUGCCGAUGGGAAUGCAAAAUGGGGAUAUGCGACAAAGCACGUCGUGGAAGGCUUGGAACCACGGACACUGUACAGAUUUAGGCUGAAGGUCACCAGCCCCUCAGGAGAGUAUGAGUACAGCCCAGUGGUCUCCGUGUCUACAACCAGAGAACCCAUAAGUAGUGAGCACUUUCAUCAAGCUGUCAGUGUGAACGAUGAAGAUUUGCUGGUUCACAUACUUCAAGGAGGAAAUGUUAAGGUUGAUGUUCCCAAUAAGUUUGGCUUCACGGCUCUGAUGGUCGCUGCCCAGAAAGGAUACACCAGGCUUGUGAAGAUCCUCGUUUCCAAUGGCACAGAUGUGAAUCUGAAGAAUGGAAGUGGCAAGGACAGUCUGAUGCUUGCUUGCUAUGCAGGACACUUGGAUGUUGUAAAGUAUCUCCGAAGACACGGUGCUUCCUGGGAGACUAGAGACCUAGGAGGCUGUACAGCUCUGCACUGGGCUGCAGACGGAGGCCACUGCAACGUGAUUGAGUGGAUGAUAAAGGAUGGCUGUGAGGUAGACGCCGUGGAUGCUGGCUCAGGAUGGACCCCGCUCAUGAGAGUCUCUGCAGUCUCAGGAAGCCGGAGGGUAGCCUCUCUGCUGAUUGAAGCGGGGGCAGAUGUGAACGCCAAGGAUAAAGAUGGAAAGACCCCUCUAAUGGUGGCCGCGUUAAAUAAUCAUGAAGAGCUAGUCCAGUUACUGCUCGACAGGGGGGCAGAUGCAAGUGUGAAAAAUGAGUUCGGCAAAGGCGUGCUGGAAAUGGCCAGAGUGUUUGACAGACAGAAUGUCGUCUCCUUAUUAGAAGAAAGGAAAAAACAGCAAAUGCCAAGGAAGUCGUCUGUCCGCUGACCAGGGCACCGCUUACUCCCAAAGCCAAGUGAAACAAAGCAAAACAUGACUGAACUGGAGGUGAAAUUCGGCGACCUCGAAGGCUAUACGCUUGGUGAUUUAUUUAGUCGAAGACUCACAGUGACUUUUGUAAUGUGCAACUGUUCCCACUUUGAAAUACAUCUUUUUUC